GGGGGACUUAUCAUUGUCAGCUUCUCUUUGGGAAACCAGAGCCUGAGUGCUGCAUUCCCAGGAGGGAGUGCCCUUCUAGAGAAAGCUAAGGCUGGGGGAGGAGGCUCCUGCUGGAAAAGGGGCAGGGACUGGGACCUGAGGCUAAAGAAGGAAACCGGCAGCCAAUAAGGGAGACUGCACUCGCCCUGCCUGGCUGGGACAGGCCCGUUGCCCUCCAGGACUGCCGAUAAGACUCCCCGUUGGUAUCUUGGGACCACUUGAAAAUGCUGCCCUGGCUUCUUAUUUUCUCUGCUCUGGGUCUCCCGACGUAUGGCAGUCCUACCAUAGUUUCCCGGAAGGAGUGGGGAGCAAGUUCCCUCACCUGCAGAGUGCCGCUGAGACUGCCUGUGGACUACCUCAUCACAGAGCAACUUACCAGGAUGGAGUGCCAAGAUCAGACUACCUGCAGCCAGAUGUUGCGGGUCCUACAGUCCCAUUCUGUCUACAACAAAGGCUGGUGUGAUGUAGCCUUCAACUUCCUGGUUGGGGAUGAUGGCAAUGUGUAUGAAGGUGUCGGUUGGCAUGUCCAAGGCUUGUAUGCUCAAGGCUACAGUAAUGUCUCCCUGGGCAUUGGCUUCUUUGGCAGUAAAAUAGGCAGCAGCCCCAGUCCCGCUGCUAUAUCAGUUGCAGAGGACCUGAUCUCCCGUGCCAUCCAGAAUGGUUACCUGUCGCCCAGGUACAUCCAGCCACUUCUUUUAAAAGAAGAGACCUGCUUGAUUCCUCAGCAUCCAGAGAUGCCCAGGAAAGCAUGCCCCAGUAUCUUCCCACGGUCUGCUUGGGAAGCCAGAGAGACACACUGCUCUCAAAUGAACCUCCCAGCCAAAUUUGUCAUUAUCAUCCACACUGCUGGGAGAAGCUGCAAUGAGUCUGCAGACUGCUUGAUUCGUGUCAGAGACACACAGUCUUUUCAUAUAGACAAUCAAGACUUCUGUGACAUUGCCUAUCACUUUCUAGUGGGCCAGGAUGGUGGAGUGUAUGAAGGAGUUGGCUGGCACAUUGAAGGCUCUCACACCUAUGGAUACAAUGACAUUGCUUUUGGAAUUGCCUUCAUGGGAAACUUUGUAGAAAAGCCUCCAAAUGCAGCCUCUCUGGAAGCAGCUCAGGACCUGAUCCAGUGUGCCGUGGUUAAGGGGUAUCUGACCCCUGACUACCUGCUGAUGGGCCACAGUGAUGUGUCCAAUACUCUGUCCCCUGGACAGGCAUUGUACAACAUCAUCAAGACAUGGCCUCACUUCAAGCACUGAGGGAGGCCCCAGUCCCAUCCGAGGAUGCUCUGCCUCCUGCUGGGUAUCUGUUCUCAGCUCCCACCCUGGCUCCACAUCCCUGUCCCCUCCUCUCUUCACUGCCUCACCUGGUUCCCCCUCCUUGUGUUGCAAUCACAGCCUCCUCUCUUACUGACAUCCUCCAGUGUCUCCCACCAUCCUCAGGGUCUGGGUGCUGCUUCCCCUCUUCACCUUCCCCUCCCAAGGGCACCCACCUGCUCAGCCAGUGAGUCUCCCUUUCCCUUGUUACCUGUCCCUUGCCUUGUAUGCAGUCACCCGUGGUCUGUCUGGCAGCUCCAAUACCCUCCUCGGCACAUACCCCACUUGUGCACAUUUGAAUGUCCCCCGUAUUUAAGGGCUGAGGUCCCCUUCUGCUCUCUCCUGGGUUACCAGAUUUUCUGGGACAGCAGCUGACAUCUCUUUGUCACUACAUAUACCGUGUCAGCUCCUGAGCCGAGCCUGAGACAUUGCAUGCUACAGGUGUUUGAUGAAAAAAGCAUCAGACAAAAAAGAUGUGAUCCUAGUCCCUUCCCACCUGCCCACUUAGUUCAUCAUCGCUCUGUGAGGGACCCUGAUGGACAGGGCCAGCAGUCUUUCCCUGGUCCCUCCAGGAGGCACUGCUGGCUGUGGUGACUUGUCUGUAAUGGAUUCUGUGUCCCUAUUCUUCCGUGCCUUGUCCACAAAGCACUCAGAAGACCAGCCAAGCAGUGUUUGUGGUCUUCCCGCGCCUGGCUGGGCCCUAGGGAGCUGAGAGAGGCCCCAGAGCCUUUGUAUUCUGCAGCACCACCCCCAACUCCUCCUUCCCAGAGGGAAGGGCCUUCAUCAUUUUAGCCAAGACAGCACCCCUCAUUCACCGGAUGUUCAAAAGAUGUACACGGGGUGGUUCUUGCUUUAUCAGACAUGAAGAGAAGGAUACAUAAGCAUGUUUUCCCCAUCUUUGGGGCUCAGAUUGGACUUUUAGAGUGUUUUCACAUCUAUUGCAACAUGGUGAGCCUUUACAACCUCAUAUUCACUCACUGUUUUGCUUUUCACAGACCCUUUACCUUGGAUGUCAUUAGAUUGACUCUGUUCAUUUGUCAUUCUUGCUAAGGCAUCCUGGGCAUGCCAUCAGGAGAAGAAAUGUUUUGUCUAGUGGUUCAUCCUUAGAGAGACACACCAGCCAUUCCUGAUCUGCACAGCAUGGGUAGGAUGCAACCCUCACAGGCCUUUCUGUCAGAGAUCCUUGACAGUGUAGUAUUUUCUGGGUGGAUAGAGGCUGGGGGACACACUUCCCAACAAGGGUGAACUUAACAGCUCCCACACAGGAAGUAGUCAUAGGGAUAGUCAUGAGAUGCUAAGAAACACCCUCACCUAAAUCCGCCUGCCACAGUUUGAAUGAACCUCUUGACAUUCACGUAUUAGAAGUCCAAUCCCUGAUAGGCAAUAGUGCCGAGAGUGGGCCUUUUUAGAGGUAACCAAUGCACUGAUGUUGUUACUGUAAACGUGAGUUUGUUAUGGAAACGAGUGUCAUCCAUGUCAUUCAUGCCGCAACCCCUGUUCUCCUGUGCUUUCCCGCUCUGCCAGGGGAUGAUAGGCAAGAAGGCCUUGGCCAGAUGCUGACCUCACAGUGUUCAGACUACACAAAAUAAAUCUUGCUUUUUAGCAAAUUA